CACUUUCUAACAGCAUUUGCAGUGAAUGAAUAUGUUAUUGGAAAGAAGAAUUUGACAAAUGGUAAUAAUUUGGAUGUUUCCUAUGUUCCUAAUCUAACCUUGUAAUCAUUUAAAUAAGUAUAAUAAAUAAUCUUUACUAAGAAUGGCCAGUCGUACAUCAGCGGUAUUAGAUGUAAUAGUCGAAAAUAAAGAAAUAACUUCAGUGAUAAAAGAUAAAGAAACUGAUCCGCUUAGUGUUUGUAGUGGUGAUUCUACAUACGAUAAUUCUUUGGUACAAUCUCCAAGUAUAGAGAGUUUUUCAACUAUACAUGAUAUAGAAAACCUCUCUGAACUAAAUAUGGAUGAAAAUUCGGAUUUGUGUGUAAAAAUUGACAAUCCACAAAAACAUUUGGAUACACUAGAAACCUAUAUUAUAUUUAGAAUUACAACUAAAGUGGCUAGAAUAGAAUUUUCUGAAAAUGAGUAUAUUGUACAUAGAAGGUACAAUGAUUUUUUGUGGUUACGACAGAAAUUAAUCGAGUGCCAUCCAUUUUGUAUAAUACCACCUCUACCGGGAAAACAUUCACUUAUAGGCCAGUUAGAUAGAUAUUCCAAAGACUUUAUAUUAUUAAGAAUGAAAGCUUUAAACGUGUUCAUAACAAGAGUUUCAAAACACCCUAUUUUAAGCUGUAACGAACAUUUUAAAAUAUUUUUAACUGCUGCAUCUUCAGAUUUUACGUUACAUAGAAGACAGAGACAUCCGGUACAACAAAAAAUAAAAACAUUUAAUCAUGAUAAUUCCUCCCAUAGUGUUUUAAAAAACAAACAUAUCGAAUUUGAUAAAACCAAAGCUUAUUUAGCGACACUUUCUGAAAAACUGUCGUCGAUUGAAAAGAUUUCUAGUCGUAUUAAUAAAGAAAGAUAUGAUUAUGUUUCUGAAUUGAAUAGUUAUCAUCCAAUAUUUACAACUUGGGCAACAUCUGAACCAGAAUUAUCAGAAAUAUUACAAAAUAUUGGUAGCGCUUUGGAAAGGAGUUCUGCAGCUCAAAAUGCUUUAGUACAAAGUUAUUGUAAUACAAUAGGCAAUCCCAUUAAAGACUUCUUGACUUAUAUUGACGUUGCUCAAGAAACUUUGAGAAAAAGGGAAUCUUAUCAAUAUGCAUAUGAGGUUUCCAUGGAUGAGUUGAAUAAAAGACAUUCAGAAAAAGACAAGUUGAUUGCAAACGUUCAUAAUCCGUCCCAAGGUUCAACAGUAUUCUCCAUUUGGAAACAAUCGAGUGAUGAUAAGUUGGAGAAAUUGGGCUCUUACAUUCCCCAACUGAUAAAGAAAGUAGAAUUGAACCAAGAUAAUUUGGAAUGUGCCAAUGAAUCUUUGAGAAGUGAUAUACAAAGAUGGCAGAACGAAAAGCAGCAAUGUUUGAAAAACAUAUUAUUAGACUUUGUUAAUAAACAAAUUAAUUAUUAUCAAGCGACCGUUAACUCUUGGGAAUAUGUAACAAGGGAAAUUAACAAACAGAGUUCAUCUUUGAGGGGUAACUUGAAAUAAUAAUAAUAUUUAGCUUCGAUAGUUCACUCUUUUAAUACAAUAGGCUAAUUAUGAUUGUUUUUGUUUUUAUUAAGCAUAAAGUUUGGAUUAUAGCAACUUUGUUAAUGUAAUAUUUGUCUUUUAAUCGUUGGAAAUACACUUACAACAUUGAAAUAGUUCAUAAUUAUUUGCUACAAAGGGAAAGAAAUUUUUUGACGAUUUUUCAGAAUUAGUGAAUAGUUUGUUCAAUAAAAUCAUUUCUGUAUAUUAAAAGACCCUAUUUUCAAUAUUUUAGACCUACUUGGUCAAAUGAGAUCCCAAUUUCAUUGAUUUCAAUUUUUAUUAAAUAAAAAAACAAUUCACCGAUUAUAAAGAUAUAUUGCAGGAAAUGAAAUUUACAAAAAAAAACAGUUAAUUACACCUAAAAAUUGGGUUGAAUACUUCAGAUAUAUUGCAGGAAAUGAAAUUUACAAAAAAAAACAGUUAAUUACACCUAAAAAUUGGGUUGAAUACUUCAAUAUUGAUCAAGUAGUAGAAAUAAUAAAAAAACGUUGUGCGGAAUAUUCUUCAAGAUAAUGGUAACUAGAAAUCUGAUCUUUUGUCUCUAUUUCUGGCUCGGGACACAGUUCUUGCUUUGUAGUUGGCUGCAUUCAAUAAACGCUGCAAAAUAAAUGUAACAAUCAAUUCAAAAAUAGUUCAAAUUCAACAAGAUGUUAAAAUUAUCAAUUAUACCAAAUAAAUAUUGUAAAUAGCAAAUUUAAAGUAUUUCAAAUGUUAUUAAGUUGUCAAAAGUUAUUAAAAUUGUCCAUAUACUAAAUAAAUAUUGAAAAUAUUAGUUUAAGAAUAGUUUAAAUGUAAAACAAGUUGUAAAAAUUAUCAAUAUACUAAAUAAGAAACUUA